CCUGUCCACCAAUCAGCGAGCAGAUCCGCCGAGACAUGCGGAAAAGUGACAGGUCCACCGAGGAAGCAAGAGACAGCAGAAGAGAGUGUGAGAACUGAGAAGAACAAAGUGGAUCGUUCCAGAAUCUUGUGGCAAUGGAGGCAUCUACAAGAAGUGGGACGAUCGGUGAGCUCCUCCUGGCACUCUAUGAGAUGGGCUUCGAUGAGUCUCAGGUUCAGGCCGCGCUCCGGGCCGGAUGCUUCAGGGUGCAGGACGCAGCAGAGUGGAUCCUGCAAGGCGGUCAGCCCCGGGGAACGCUCCUCGCCCAGCAGGCAGCAGAGCCAGGAGCCGUGGCCGCCUUCAAUCCCCCCUUAGAAGGAGGAGGGGAGAUAUCUCAGGAGUCCUCCUCCUCAGGAUCCCCAUCAUCUCCAGAGCUCCAGCCACUGCCCAGCUCCCGGCGCAUGGAGCAAAGGAGAGAGUAUGAGGAGAGGCACAGUGCCAGCCUGGCGCGAGAGGUGAUGGAGGAAAAACGCACCAAGAAGAAGGAUCGGGAUCUUGUGCUUCGGCGUAUUGCUGAGGACCGGCAGAUGCAACAGGACAAGGAUAAAAUGGCGUCGGCAGUGGGUGAGCAGCAAGAGACCCAAGGACACCUAACCGCCCGCCCAGCCGCCCACAAUCACUGCGCCCUGAUGGUGCGUCUUCCCUCCGGACAGUCGGUGCGGCUGGGUCUGCCGGGUGACUCUCGGCUGCAGAGCGUAUGUGAUCAUGUGCACGCUCUGCAGCCGGCGCUGGCCCCCUGCCGCUUGUUGCAGACGUUUCCCACCAGACACUUUACAGAACAGGACCUACCCCGCAGCCUCCAGGAGCUGGGACUGACCCCCAAUGCCACCCUGUGUGUGCACCCCGGAAACCCACCCACCGGGAACCCACCCACCCCAGAGCCCCCUGAGUCUUCCCUGCAGCCCCCCAUGUGCAAAACAGAUGAGCUGAUGAUGCAAGGAGAGCGACUGCGACCCAUCCUCCGCUCCCCGGCCCAAGCUGUGGCCCAUGACGUCCACAUGAGGACAGAACCCGCGCUGCAGCAUUGCUGGGGGCGCGGGCAUCGCUUGGUGCCGGAGGAGGAGAGUGGAGCUGAGGAGGAAGAAGAGGGAGGAGCAAGUAAUGAAGGUGUGCAGGAUGAUGGUGUCAGCGCGGAGUCCCACCAGUGGCCAAUGAACGGCGUUAGACUCCGGCUGUCGCAUGACGAUGGCUCCUCCCUUCAUCCUCCACGUGUCAUGGCGAGGGCGGCUGCGGAGAUGCGUCAGGAGAGCGUGGAGAGGCCAGAGCCCCCGAGGAUCUCCAGGACUUCGGCGGUGUCCACACUGAGGAGCCUGACGCUGCGCCGGGCAAUGCCCGUCAUCACUGCCCCCAGCAUGCAGUACCCCGGCUCUCUGUCCGGGCUCACCCCGGAUCUGGCGGAGAUGAUAAUUGAUUACAUGAUUAAAGAGCAGCUUCUGCGUCCCAGGACCCUGGAGCUGUUUGCCGGCUGCCCGGUCGGCAGGAUCACGCUGAGCUGCUACCCCUACUGCACCAAUGACCUGAUCCGACAGCUGCGAGGCUUCCCGGGCCUGCGCCGCCUGAGUCUGAGCUCCUCCGGGCUGAUCACAGAUCAGGGGCUCAGCGUGGUCCAGCAACUGCAGAAGUUACAGCACCUGAACCUCAGUGCCUGCCGGAACCUGACCGAGUCCUGCCUGCUCCACCUCCGAGGUUUGAAGCAUUUGUCCCACCUUGUCCUGGAUCAGACCAAGGUCAGCGAUGGUGGAAUGUGUGACUUCCUGCUGAACACAGACUGUUCACUCACCCACCUGAGUGUCAAUCAGACGGCGAUCACUGAGCGCACACUCGGCAUUUUGGUCCAGCGGAGCCCGGAGCUGAGAGUGCUGAGUGUGAAACACACCCAGGUCUCUGACAUCUCCCCAUUGUGUGGUCUGAAGCAUCUGACGACUCUCCAUUUAGACAGUACCCGUGUGACUGAGGAGUCACUCCAGGCCGUCUCUUCCCUGCCGGCACUCUCCACACUCACCCUUUCAGGGGUGCAGUCUCUGAGCUCCAAUCGGGUGUUGGAGCUUCUAUCUGGUCUGUCUCUCACGCGCCUUCUGCUUCCUGGGAGACACAGCCUUUCUGAUGUGGGACUCUCACAUCUGUCUCGUCUGUGUGGUCUCUUAGAAUUAGACUUAACAGAUCACACCCAGAUCACAGACCAUGGCGUGCAGCACAUCUCGCAGCUCACAAGGUUGCGUGUCUUGUCCCUGUGUAACACGUCGGUGUCGGACUCUGGACUGCGCCACCUGCAGGGACUGAAGCUGUUGGAGGAGUUAAGUCUGGACCGGACUAAAGUGACGAGCAGAGGGGUGUCCCAGUGCAUCCCCCACCUCCCGCACCUCCAGGUCCUCGGAUUGGCGGACACCGGGGUCGGUGACAAUGUGUUGAAGCUCGGAGUCCAGAACUGCAAGAACCUCGUGAAAGUCAAUUUAAGUCGCACGCGAGUCACCAACAAGGGUCUCCGCUUCCUCAGGCACACGUCCAUCGUGCAGCUGAGUCUGGACGGUUCGGGGGUCACUCUCCAGGGGGUUUCUGAUCUGAUGAGCGUCUGUCCCACCAUCACCAGUGUGAGAGCCAGCAACCUGAGGGUGAUUCCUACUGAGCAGGUGUCUGAAGAGGAGGGUGGGAGCUGAGCUUUCCUCCAUGAUGAGGUCAUCGGUAGAUUCCUUCUGAGGUGUUGUGUAGUGUCAGACUAGUGAUCUCAUCACCAGGUCCUGAUCUGGGGUGGGAGCAGGAGACUCUAGAGCAGAUGUUUUACUUUCAUGUCAGAGGAUUUAUUUUAUUGCACCAUCUACAGUGUCCAAUAAAACAUUUUUAUGAA